CGAGCCCGGCCGGGACCUGCUUGCUGCCAGGGGCCGAUCUCUCCCCGCUGGGGGCCCUUGACCCCCGCCCCACGCACUGGGCUUUGGCAUUAGCAGCCCGGGACUUUCCUCCCCGGCGCUUUGGGGCAAGGGCUUUACUUUUUCUCCCUCGGCUUGAAGGAGGACGACGCUGAUCCGACAGCGCGGCGGGGUGUCGGGGCGCCUCCCCCAGCUGCUCUCUUUCUCUCUUGGCUUUUUUUUCCCCCCCUGUUUUUUGGUUUGCUUUUUUUUCCCGGGCGGGGGAUUUGGCUUGUCCAUCGCGCAGACAUGGGAAGCCAGGGCUCCAAGGCAGCGAAAGGAGACGUGAUCGCCCAGAAGUCGGCAGAGGCCGUAUCGGUCUCUCCCUCCAAAUCCAAUGGCCAGGAGAACGGCCAUGUGAAGAUCAAUGGGGACAUGUCUCCCAAGGCGGAUGGAGAAGCCCCACCACUGAAUGGCAAUGGAUCUGCUGAACCGGUCAAAGAGGAGGCCAAGGCAGAGUCUGCCAGUGGAGAUGUCAUUGAGCCAGCCCCUGCCGCUGAAGGCGGAGAGGCCAAGCCUGAGGGAGCUGCACCCUGCAAGGAAACCCCCAACAAGAAGAAGAAGAAGUUCUCCUUCAAGAAGUCCUUCAAGCUGAGUGGGAUCUCCUUCAGGAAGAACAAGAAGGAGGGUGGAGAUUCUUCAGUGUCCUCUCCCACCGAUGAGCAGGACAAAGCAGAAGCCAAAGGAGAGGAGAACCCCACUUGUUCUACCAGCGAAACCGAGCAGACCACUACAACCCCGGAGGGGAAGGCAGAGGAAAAAGCUGCUGCAGCAGAGAACAGUCCUGCCGCUCCUGCUGCUGAGGGGCAGCAAGAAGUGGAGCCUAAAAGGGAAGACGAAGAAGCAGGGGAAACCAAGGAGGAGCAGCAGCCACAAGCAGGAGACACUCAGGAGGAAAUGGCUAAGCCAGAGGAGCCCUCAAAACCUGUAGAGCCUGAGCCCAGUACAACACUUGCAGCAGCUGAGCAGAAGGAAGAGUAGAGCCUGCCUGGCAUUAUCAUAACUUAAGACUUUUGUGCCAUCCUCCUCAUCCCAGUAACACCAUGGAUUUGCUGACUUGCCCACACACCUUCUGUCUUCAAAGUAGAACUGACAACACCUUCUAAAAUUUAAGACACCUGAAUUAUUUCUCCCCCGCCUUAGUACAACUCUGCACUGUUAGAAAACUGAUCUGGAUUUCCACCACUACAACUUGGAGUAGCUUUUAUUUUUCCCCCUCCCUGAAUCCUUUAAAACUGUGGAGGAAGAUAAUCCUGGACAUAACUGGAAUUUAUUUAGACAGUUUACUGAGAACCCAGAUAUUACACCAAACUCUGGCAUCUCUACUGGCCUACUAUUUCAACUAAUCUCCCAAGCAGCUUUCAAAGCCCAACAAGCCAGUGAAGUUUACCGGAUUCUUUCCGCCCCACUAUCCCCCACCUCAGUUUACAUUCCUGGUUCUGACUUCAUUUAAAGUAUUUUGUGCUUUUUAUAGAAACCAAUGGUUUAAAAGCUAAUCUGGUUAGUUUUUUAUAAUGUCUUACUAUUGGCUUAAAACCGUAAAGCUUGUAAGUCCGCUGUGUUUUUAAUUUUGCUUCUAAGGGAAUAACUCUUCUGUUUUUGGGGGUGGGAGGGAGGGGAGAGUGCCAGCUGUAUAAUGUGAAGCAACUUUGUUUUGUCUCUGUAAAUAAUUUUUUAAUGGCCAAGACACUUGAUUUGCAAUUUUCUAACUUCUAAAAAAAAAAAAAAAAAAAUUGUAUGGGUUUUAUUGUAACAUUUUGAAAGGAAUAAAUGGUGCCCCUUUA